AUGCUGCAACGAUCACUGCAGUUUGACCGCGCUCAGCUAGAAGAGGACUCUGUCAGAGUUAGACGAAAACUGGACUUUCUAGUUCUGCCAAUGAUGAUGAUAACAUAUAUGCUAUCAUUUUUGGACAAACAGACUCUUAACUAUUCGAAUGCAUACGGCCUCCAGACCGACACCCACAUGACUGGAGAUGAUUACUCCUGGGUCGUCAGCGCUCUCUACUUUGGUUGGUUAUGUGGUGCAUGGCCCUGGAACAUGUUAUUGCAACGUCUGCCGAUAGCAAAGACGGUCGGCACAAUGCUGAUUGUCUGGGGAGCGAUCUGCAUGCUGCAGGCUGCAGUCUUCAACACCGGUGGAUUCUUCGCAGUUCGCUUCUUUCUCGGUCUAUUCGAGGCAUGUAUCUCGCCAUCUUGGGUGCUUCUCACUUCCAUGCUCUGGACACGCGAAGAACAAUCACUCAGAAGUUCCUUCUGGCUUUGCACAAACGGCCUUGCGAGCAUUCUAGGGUCUCUGCUUGCUUAUGGGACGGGCACGGCGGAAGGACUCGCGAUUGCAAAUUGGAAGCUAAUUUUCCUGAUCGUCGGCGCUCUGACUCUCCUGUGGGGUUUCGUCAUACUGACCUAUCUACCGGACGGCCCUCAUAACGCGAAGAUGCUCUCCGAAUACGAGCGCAUUGUCGCAGUCUGGCGAGUAUCGCACAAUCAGAUGGGAAUCAAGAACCCCACGAUCAAGUCUUAUCAAAUCAAAGAGGCGCUUCUCGAUGGCAGAUGCUAUCUCCUUUACAUGGCGGGAAUGGGCAUCGGAAUACUAAACAGUGGAGUCACCAACUUCAUGUCGGCCAUCAUCAAAGGAUUAAAUUUCGACCCAUUGCGGACAUCCUUGAUGCAAGCGCCCGGAGGAGCGUUCGAGAUCGUGGGCUGCUUGUCGCUGGGCUAUGUCUCUCAGUAUCGGAACAUGCUUGGAAUCUCGGUUAUUUUGGGCUGUCUGCCCGGCAUGGUUGGGCUGAUUGGCCUGUUAACCAUACCAAUUGACCAUCGGUAUGCCCUCUUGGCCAUGUGUUGGAUGCAGAACUUCGUCGGCGCUCCUAUAAUAUUGAAUUGGACGCUCGCUGGUGUAAAUGUGGCUGGUCACACCAAGCGCACUACUACGCUGAGCAUCUACUUUGUUUGCUUUGUGGUGGGAAAUAUCGUCGGUCCUCAUAUGUUCUUAUCGAAAGAGGUGCCGCGAUACCCUACCGCUAUCAAGGGCUUACUGGGAACUUACUGCGCGGUCAUCCUUUUCCAAUCGAUGUAUACUGUGUGGUGCUGGGUGGAGAACAGGCGUCCCGGCCGUGCUUCUCUAGUGGCAGUCCAGGAGGACUUAUUGGAGGGUUAUCAAGAUAUGACUGAUAAAGAGAACAAGCACUUUCGGUAUAGGAUAUAG